UGUCUGCUGAAGAAUUGAAAUAUACCCCGUACCAGGCCAGGAGUGAGGGACGUUGACUUUGUUUAGUUUGUGCGUUUGUUCACAUAUACCGAUAUGAAGUUGUAACAGAGCUGAAAACAGCGAACCAGUAAGAAGAUUAGGGAGAUACGGGUAGCGUACAGCGUCGACUAUUUACACAUACCGUACACACCACCUGACCUCGCGCAUCUGUUAUGACGGACGGGCAGGACAAAGUUCGAAGACUACAUUUAACACGCUGGUUUUCUUAUACAGACUGGAUGUUGGUAGUUGAUGCGACAGUGAGUUAGAUGCUCAAGAAGACGAUGGAUUGUUUUGGACACGGUGGUGGAGCUAUGGUGGGGGCUGCCACUGCACUGACUGCAGCAGCCGCCACAUACUACCUGGCUACUCGGGCAGAACCAAUGGUCACUUCUGUCGACCUACAGAACCAGUCGCUUAUAAUGAAGGACGGCUCAAGAUGUUCCCAUUUUAUGAAGGAUGGAAAACAAAUGGAAGUGCUGUAUGAAGAUGUUAAAACUACAUAUGACUGUUUCCAAAGAGGACUUCGAGUGUCGAACAAUGGGCCGUGCUUGGGAGCAAGGACUGGUCCGUCUAAGGAGUACGAAUGGCUGUCAUACCAACAGGUGUACGACCGAGCGAUCGCCUUUGGGUCGGGACUGCUAGAUGUGGGAUUACGGGCAAGCAAUGACGAAUUCGUGGGGUUUUAUAGCAUGAACAGGAUUGAGUAUGUGGUGGCAGAGCAGGCGAGCAUCAUGUUCUCCAUGGUUUCUGUUCCCCUCUAUGAUACCCUUGGUACCACAGCGUGCAGCUUUAUCAUUAACCAGAUUGGUAUUACCCAUGUGGUAUGUGACAAGGCAGAAAAGGCGAAUACACUUCUGGUCAGUGUAGAGAAAACCCCGAGUCUCAAGUGUAUCAUUCUGAUAGAGGAGCUGACAGCGGACCUGGUGGAACAAGCUGCUGCAGCUAACAUCGACAUCAAAGAAUUCAGUGCCAUAGAGAAACUUGGACAGACGAAACUACAAGAACCUAAGCCUCCCCUUCCCAAAGACUUGGCAACUGUUUGCUACACAAGUGGAACUACAGGUGAUCCUAAAGGUGUAAUGCUUUCACACCAAAAUCUGAUCAGCAACAUGUCAGCUGUGGCGUAUACAGCACUGAAAGGUGUGACUGUGACACCACAGGACGUACAUUUAUCCUACCUUCCAAUGGCACAUGUGUUUGAGAGGGGCAUGCAGAUUGUAUCAUUUAUGCACGGUGCUCAAGUCGGAUUCUCGAGGGGCGAUGUGAAAUUGCUUACAGAGGACCUCCAAGCCCUAAAACCAACAAUAUUCAUCACUGUACCACGGCUUCUCAACCGCAUUUACGACAAGAUAUUGUUAAGUGUUCAGGGAAGUAAACUCAAAUCAACAUUGCUUAACUUGGCGCUGUAUGCAAAAACUAGUGAAAUAAAAAGAGGUGUGGUUAGGAGGGACAGCAUAUGGGAUCAGCUGGUAUUUAAAAAGGUCCAGCAAACUGUUGGAGGCCGAGUGAAGAUAAUCAUCACUGGCUCAGCUCCACUUGGAAGCAAGGUUUUAGACUUUGUGAGGGCGUCAUUUGGAUGUUUGGUAUUAGAAGGAUAUGGACAGACUGAGGCAGCAGCUGGAAUUACAUUUAAUGUGCCAGGGGAGACUGAAGCAGGUCAUGUUGGUUGUCCGUUGCCAUGUAACUUGGUCAAAGUUGUCGAUGUUCCGGAGAUGGACUACUUUGCUGCUGACGGAAAAGGAGAAAUUUGUGCGAAAGGAGACAACGUGUUUGUUGGCUACUACAAAAAUCCAGAGAAGACGGCAGAAACUAUGGACGCAGAUGGGUGGCUCCACACAGGAGACAUCGGUGAAUGGCUGCCUAAUGGAGCUUUACGGAUCAUUGACAGAAAGAAAAAUAUAUUCAAAUUAGCACAGGGUGAAUACGUGGCAGCAGAGAAGAUUGAAAAUGUAUACAUGAGGAGUGAAUACGUCGCACAGGCGUUUGUUGAAGGGGAUAGUUUAAAACCAUACUUGAUGGGUGUAAUCGUGCCAGACAUUGAAGUUGUACCUGCUUGGGCCGCAAAAGAAGGCCUACCUACAAACAUGGAAGAGCUUUGUAGCUGUCAGGAACUGAAAGAUGUGAUACUACAAGAUAUAACCAAUGUCGGUAAAUCCAUGGGACUGAAAUCUUUUGAGCAGGUAAAAGAUAUCCAUCUUCAUCCGGAACCAUUUUCAAUGGACAACAACUUACUCACGCCAACUUUCAAAAACAAGAGACCAAAUCUGCGGAAAUUCUUCAAGUCCGAGAUCACACAACUGUAUGAAAAACAUGAAACCACAUCGUGAAGACGUUUCAAUAUGCUACCAAAAAGUAUUAAAGUUGAACUUACUAUUCAGAGAGGUGCUGUAAACAAUGGGUCUACUUCGUUUCAUUAAAUCGUGUAUAUUGUUAAACAAUAUCAACGAUCUUCAGAUUGAGCUUAUCAGUUUCUGCUGACGUUUUACUAAGGCAUUAAUAAUGAAUAAAUGUGGCUUUUG